AUGGAACGCGAUGGGUUUGAAACUGGUCACUCGUUCCUUGCAGGGAUCAUAGAGAACAUAACAGACUUUGCUGAACCUCGUAGUGUGAAAAAAAUGGCGGCAACUAUGUACCAGGUAUGCAUGUGCAAAUAUUUCACAGAAGAGCAGCUAAUCCCGAUGGUUAAAGAUAUUCUUGCUCGUAUGGGAUUUCCUACAUGGCCUGUCAUGAGACCAUCUGAGCUUCCUUAUGGAAACUACUCACAUUUGCUCACGAGAACAUCGUUGUGGCCAUUUUUUUUCUUUGACGUGGCUCAAGACCUGAACGAAACAGACCGGUUUAUUAUCGAGCUGGAUGAGAUGUCAUAUCCUAUUUUAGGCAGAGAGCAGCUCCUUAAUCCAUCGGCGACAGACUACAACAAAGCCAUUGUACAGGCGUAUUUAUUUCUUAUCGCCACAGCUGUAAAGGCUCUAAAUCCAAAUGCUACUGAAUACGACGCUAUGAUUGUUGCUGAAAGAAUCUUCGUGUUUGAGGCACGGCUUGCUUCGAUGACAUCAGAUCCUAACGACAGACAAGACAUUAAAGCUUUUUACGAAAAGAUGACUAUCGAUGAACUGGAGAAAGAAGUGCCGAACAUUCCAGUCCUACAAAGCCUAAACAGGGUGUUUUCGCUAGCGAACAUUACGCUAAACAGGACUGAGCAAGUCGCAAUGUUCGGGAUGUCCUACUUCAAGAAGGCCAAUGAUUUCUUCAAGUGCAUAUACGACCUUUCAGAUAUGUACAAUUUUGCAGCGUGGAGACGCAUCUUCAAGCUGGUAUUGGUGACGUCGGAACAGUUCGCAAAAUCUUGGCAGAACCUAUUGAAAAUCGCGUAUGGAGUGCAAAAAGAAAAGCCAGAUUGGCAGGUUUGCCUUGAAGAAGUCGCUCAAGCGAUGCCUUUCGUGAUUGGCCGAAUGUACAUCGAGAAGAACUUCAACGUUACAGCCAAAGAGGACGUGGAAAUGAUGAUAGAAAAUAUAACGACGACCUUCAGAGAUUCGCUUUCCACAAGAGAGUGGUUGACCGGCAGCACAAAGGAAACAGCUCUGAAGAAGUUGAACAAUAUGACCAAAAAGAUCGGAUUUCCUCCAUGGAUUCUAAAUGACACCGUUAUGGAAAACCGCUUUCGAUACGUUCGACCUUUCAACAUCAGCGUCCCACUUUUUAUAAUUAUAUUAUCAUUCCAAGACAAUGCUGCCAUUAGGACGCUGCUCUUACUUCGGAGGAAGCCAGAUAAGAAAAACAGGCUUUCUCAUUAG